AUGGGCUGGAACACGAAUCCUGAACACCGUAAGCAGAGAGUUUUGAUAAUCGGUGCCGGAGCGGCAGGAAUGGCAUGUGCCGCGACGCUCGCAAAAAGGCCCGAAAGGUUCGAUGUCACCGUUUUGGAAAAGAAUUCAAUACCUGGCGGACUGGCAAUGUCCUUAGCAGUGGACGGAGAGAAAUUCGGAGCGGACUGGGCAAACACAGGCGCGCAAGGAGGAACUCGCAUGUUUCGGCACAGCUAUAAGUUUUUUCGAGAGUAUGGCUAUGAACCUAAGGAGGUGCGGAUACAGCUUUCCUUUGGAAAGGGGAAAGAUGGAUUCUGGACGAAUAUGUUCCCGACCCCUCUCCUGCAAAAGCACCAGCACGAAAUCGAGAAAUUUGGGAGGGCUUUGAGAGCAGUCCGCCAUUUUCCUUUUCCACUCUGGAUAGUCCCCCUGAAAAGAUUUCUUUGGCUCUUCGGUCUCAGUAGAGAGUUCGGUUACAGGAUCGUCUAUCCAAUAACGUCCCUGCUGAUGGGAAUCGGAAACGAGGCGGAAGAUGUCCCAUGUGGUAUUCUUGUACGGUUGUUUGAAGAUCCGGAAAUGAAAAUCUGGGACUACGACCCUGUUGGGUUCAUGCCCGCACGUCCGCCAAUGUUCGCAUUCCCGAAUAUGACCCGUUUCUAUAUGGACUGGGCCUCCGGGCUUCGGGCGAAGGGCGUCACCAUUCGCCUUAAUACACAGGCAGUCAAGAUUAUCCAACGGAAUGAGCGUGGGAUUAUCGUGGAAACUCGACAAAUGGACGAGGACGCUCGGGUAACAGAAGGCAGCUUUCAUGAUCGAAGCAUGACAGAAGAGUUCGACAAGCUAGUCCUAUGUGUCCCCGGAGACGAGGCGAAGCGGAUUCUCGGAGAAACAGCCACAUGGAGAGAAAAAUGGAUACUUGGUGGCGUAAAAUAUUACGACGACAUCACAAUAACACAUUGUGACCAUAAUUACUUUGAGAAUAGGUAUGAACCCCGGUUCAAAGAGGAGCUCUGUGCAAAGCCUCGCACAAAGGAGCAGGAGGAACAAAUCAAAUUUGCAAAGGGGGAGGCCGGCAUCCAAUCCGGCUUCCGUCCGUCAUAUUGCACAUUCUCCUAUCACUCAAGGCCAGGUAAGAACGAACUGGCAUUCGACUAUUCGAAUUUCCAGUAUCAGUUCCUCCCGGAACCUGGCUCCGGCACGCCGCCGAUUCCACUUGAACGCCAUGUGUUUCAAAGUCGAUUUCUGGGCGAAAACCUGAAAGGUAUCUGGACCAUUGACCAAAUAGACGAUAAAGCGGUGCUGGAAAGAAGGUGGAUACACCAGCCAUCUCAGGGUUGGAAGCAUUACAUCAGGGUGCUUCCUUACUUGAGAUAUAUCAACGGGAAAAACAACACCAUAUAUGCAGGCGCUUGGACUUUCGCCAACAUGCAUGAGGCUGCUUGCAUCACUGGGAUCGCGGCAGCGGUCCGAUUGGGAGUGGAAUAUGAGUCGCUAGAUGACUUUGCCGACAAGCUUUUCUCGUUGUAUCUGCGGGCUGCUCAUGGGAAGACGUUUAAGAGAAAGACUCCCGAUUGGUUCACUCGGCGUCGCGGAAGUGCAGCCACCAAUAAUUCUGGACCCGCGUAA